GGUCGCCGUGGCGCCGGAGUAGGGCCACACGCGGUCGGUUGAAACGCGCCCAGACAGCGGCGAACCAGUUUCAAUACGGCCGGUCUUCGGUCCGGUGCAGUUGGCGCGCGCGCAGUUUCGGUGCGAGUGCAAUUUAUAAUAUUAUUCGUGCGCGGUCGUAAUAUUAAUUCAACGUCCUACGCCGUGCGCGCGUACUGUUUUCGCGGUGAUACGCCGUUUUUACACGUUUUCUCGGGGUUUUCAUCUCUUCGACGUUGUUCGCGUGUCAAUUUUGAACGACAUGAUCGAGAACACAGCUCGGCGUGAUCUCACGUUCGAUUUUUAAAUGUUUCUAAGAGAACAUGAUCCCGAGUUAACCUCCGCAAACAUGCUGGACGUGUACAGAUCGGACUCGCAAAAGUCCGACUCGUCGCAGAGGCCAAGAGUGUCGUUCAACCGGGACGUGCGGAUCAAGAAAAUCGGUAACUCAGAUGCAGCAAGUAUUGUGGAAGCUUUAGCUGGAGAUGGCGAAGGCCACUUGGUGCCCACGCCAGUUCGCAGGGAAAAGAUCAAAGCGUCUAAGCGUGAACUUGCGUUAGAAGCUGACCGCGUACUCAAGCAGGCAGACAGCGUGGCCUCUCUGCACUCGGAUGUACCGCCGAGAAGACAGCAGAGGAGCAAACCAGAUGGAGGGUCCCUUCAACGGAAGACCAGCUUUGGAGGGACAGACUCGAAAAAAUGGAAUUCUGAAGGCAAACUGUCUUCGUACAUGUCGUUGGACAGGCCGAAGAACCGGAUCAGGAAGAGGGAGCAGCCGACGUGGGAAGAACAGCGACAAGGCGGUCAACAGUAUCGUUCGUCAACGGACCUGACGACUUCGGCGGCACCGCCGAAACGACGAUCGACGGCAUCAUCGGGCGGCGGCAAGUUGACGAGGAGCGUCAGCGAUGCGGGCGACCGGGACAAGCCGCUGGCGUCCGGCGACGGUGGCGACGCAAAACGUUCGAUAUCGUUGUUCGGCACCAUCCAGCGGAUCAAAACGAAGAUCAAAAAGCGUCCGACAGCUAUGGCCGCGUCCGAGCCACCCCCGCGAAGGACGCAGUCGGGGGCUGAUCGGUCUUCAGAACCGUCCACGCCACGCGUGCUGACGGGCCCGUCACCACCUCCGGCGCCGAUUCGAGCGAAAAAACAGCUGUCUCCCAUCAUCGAGUCGUCACCGCGGGACGAGUAUUUCAAGUAUACGGUCGGCGGCCCGUUGGGCUACAGCGGCGCGUCCCCACCGCGCCCGGUCCGCGGCCACAAGGUCGACCGGAUCGUCCGGAAACUACAGCACCAGCAACAGCAGCACCAACAACAACAGGCGGCAGCGGCGGCGGCCGAACUCGCCCGUCAACCGUCGCCACCACUGCUGCCACCGCCGUCGUCGCCAGACUUUGCCCACGCGCACAACGGCAACGAACCGUUUUCGUACACGGCCACGUCGUCGCCCACCAUCGUCCACCUACCGGACGACACGGCGGCGGCAGCUGACCGACCGCCACCACCGCAACGACAACGACAACAGUAUCGCUCGGCCGGCGGCAUGGACGACACGUGGACGUCAUACGACGAUCUCAGCCACAGGCGGGACGCGCUCGAAUCGAGGCUGCAGAAACGCGCGGCAACCGUGGUGGUCAGACCACAGCGGACGGGGUCGGGGGCGGCAGUGCGCGUGCGAACUCCUCCGGAUCCGGUGCCGGACACGUACGCGACGGUAUACAAGAAGAACGAGACGCUCGGUGGUGGUGACAGAUACUUCGAGCGAAAGAUCGUCACGGAACACCGGUUCGCCCGGAGGACGCCCAGGCUGUCCGGCGACGGUGACGAUGACCAUGAUGACCACGAAGACGAUAUCGAUGCCGACCACCAUGACCUUCAUCACCGUGACGCCGCCAUCCAUCGCGACACCACCGUUCACCACGACCAUCAUCACCGUGACACCGCUGUCCGGCCGCCGGACGGCAGCCGCGGCCGACCACCGACGUCCCGGACCUCGUCCGGCAUGCCGAACAUCGUUUCCCGGAAUAACGUGACAGUCGUCAACGCGCCGCCACGCUCCGCUUCCGUUUACGGCGCCGAAAAACCGGCCAAAAAACGUUCCAGACUGGACAAGUUCAAGAUGCUGUUCACCGGCGGCUCUUCCGCGUCCAAGGAGAACAAGCGGCCAUCGUCGUCCACUAAAGCUCAGUACAACUCGUCCGAUCCCGAGUCUUACACGUCGUCUUUGCGCAAACGUUACAACGUGUUCACCGGUACCGACAACGUGAGUACACAUAAUAACGAUCAAAGCGAUACAUUGAUAAAGUAAUGGUGCAGGAAUACCUAACUUAAUAUUAUUGUCGUCUUACGCAGUCUUUGCGAUAAAGUAAUAAUAAUUAACACCGUCAAUAUCUGUAAAUUAGAAUCGUUCUAUAAAAAUAUCCGCACAUACUUAUAUAAUGCUCGUCGUUGUGAACACUAUAUCGUCAAACUUCAGUAAAUGUCUCUACACCCCUCUACCUCCUGACGUUGUGCUUUUGUAAUUUUAGUCAAUAUUUACUAUUCAAUUUGUACGUCUUAAAACAACAUUUGUACGAAUCUGGUUCCGAAAAUAUUAGUGGAUUCGACUAUUCGAGUAGGGGAGCUGUUACUUGGUUAAGUUUGUAUAGAAACGUGGUGACAAGUCUGUACCUUUCUAGUAGGUAGGUACUCACAAACCACAAAGGUUGUGGGCUGUGACAAACGACUGCUACUUCAAACAUUCCAUUAUCCCAAUAAUUAGUAAACAAUAAACAUUUUAGCAAUCUGCCAAUCUAUUCUGUGAUCUAAAUAAUAUAUAACCUAUAAAGAGGUCCCCUUUCCCCCACGAGAGUUGUAGCGGUACUGGACGUCCCCCCCACUUUGGGCUACGAUAUUUCCCUCCCUGAAUCAAUAUACAUUUUUUUACACAUAAUAAAUAGGUUGGAAAAUUGGUUCGUUGGUUUUACCCGAAAUAAACGACCAUCAUAAUAUAUCGACUAUCAUCAUUCACGUUGAUUUAUUAUCCAAUUAAAUAGGCACUGAUUGAUAAACCAAAAU